GUAGAAUCAUGGAGCCAGGUUUCUUGCAGCUGUCCACACCCAGUGCGACGCACUGCCAUCUUCACCCGCUCGUCAUGUUCCAGGUCUUGGACCACCACACGCGAAGGAAUGAUGAGACUGGAAGGGUUGUCGGAGCGCUUCUUGGUAGCGCCAAUGCGGAUGGAAGUGUCGCCAUCAGAAACUCGUUCCCCAUGAAUCACGAUGACGUCACACAUCAAGACUUCGGGCUUUUCUUUAACACCAUGGAAGCCCUCCAUCAAAAAGUGAACGCAAGGGAGCAUGUUGUUGGAUGGUACACUACCACCAAAUCCACGGAUGACGACAAAGACGAGGUUGGAGAGGAGGAUGUAGCCCUUCACUCUUUCUUUGAAGAAAAAGUUGGCGAGAAACAUGCUUGUGUGCUCGUACGCGUGGACUGCAACAUUCAGCGAGCAAGCAAGUUGGGGGUCAGCGCGUUCACCAGCUCUAACAUGUCUCUUCGGAGCGACAAGACUGCUCCUGAGCUUGUGCUCGGCAAGUGCUUCUCGAGAGUGACAUGCCACAUUCGCGCGUACGAGGCUGAGAGGAUCGGAGUCGACUUCAUCACUCACAACACCAUCGGGCAGGGCGGUGGUGAAGUUCUUGGAACAGACCUCGAGAAGUUGGAGAGCAGCAUGCACAAGCUCAUGAUGAUGAUAGACCAGUCCAUUCAGCAUGUUGACGACGUUCUGGAUGGAAAUGUUGAGGCAGACACUAAGGUUGGCCGCGCCCUUGCCGAGACGAUUGCGAUGGUGCCGGAGAUGAGCGCUGCCGAGUUCGACACUUCCUUCAGCAAAGGACUGCAGGACAUCCUUAUGGUGCAAUACCUGGCUGCCGUCACUCAAGCACAGAUUUCCUUUUGGCAAAAGCUGCAGAGCAUGGGAGCAUAAGGGAAGAAAUGAAUAUGAAAUGGAUUAAAGCUGGUUAUUAUCG